AUGGAAUUCUUUUGCGAGUGUUACCGUAAUAAUGGCACUGCUCAGCAGCCGGACCCCGGCGGUCGCGCCCUCCUCCAGGGCAGUCGCUGGCCGUCGCAUUGCUGUGGCCAAGCCUGCAACUCGCCGCGAUGUGGUGACCAAUGCGACCAUGAAGGCCCUGGUGUUUGACUGCGAUGGCGUCAUCCUGGAGUCAGAGGACCUGCACCGCCGCGCCUACAACGCGACCUUCCGCCACUUCGGUGUCAAGUGCAGUGGGCAACAGGCCCCUGUGAACUGGAAUGAGGACUUUUACGACACGCUGCAGAACACGGUGGGCGGCGGGAAGCCCAAGAUGCGAUGGUACUUCCAGCGCUAUGGCUGGCCGGCCAGCGACGUGCUGGACGGCCGCGUGCCGGCCUCGGAGGAGGAGCAGAGCUUGCUCAUCGACACGCUGCAGGACUGGAAGACGGACAAGUAUCAGGAGAUGAUCGGGAGUGGCGAAGUGGAGGCGCGGCCAGGUGUGCUGCGGCUGAUGGACGAGGCGCGUGCCGCCGGCCUGAAGCUGGCUGUGUGCUCCGCCGCCACCAAGUCCAGUGUGGUGUUCACGCUCAAGAGCCUGCUGGGCGAGGGCCGCUUCCAGGGGCUGGACUGCUUCCUGGCGGGUGACGACGUUCCCAAGAAGAAGCCCGACCCGAUGAUCUACAAGGUGGCCGCGGAGCGCCUGGGCGUGCACCCCAGCGAGUGUGUGGUGGUCGAGGACUCCACCAUUGGCCUGGAGGCCGCAAGGGGCGCGGGCAUGCGCUGCAUUAUCACCUACACGCCUUCCACGAAGGACCAGGCCUUCCCCGGCGCUGAGCGCAUCGUGAUGGAGCUGGGACCCAGCGAGGUGUAUCCCAUCAUGGUCACUGUGGACGAGCUGAUCAAGGGCCGGAUAGCUCAGGACGACCGUGUCAACUUCGACGUUACUGGCCAGCUGCCGGACGGCGUGAUGUAGUAGGGUGACACGUAGUGGGGGGUAGUUAGCAGAGCUACACUGCUUACGGUAGUGUGAGGUGAGUAGCGAGGUGUGGAGUGAGGUGUCUGAGUGUAUAGCGGCGCAGGGAUGUUGUACAGGGCGUUGCGAGAAGCGUAGUUUUUGGGUGUGGGUAUGCAAGUCUCUCCGCGUUUGCCGCUGCAGGACAUCAAGUCACGCCGGCGGGCGGGUAGAGCCUCCUCUAGUAGCAAGCGAGCGGCGUGGUGCAGGAGUGAGGGGUGAGGGAUGCACCACUGCAUCUAAGGAACUGUGUGCGGCGAUGCGGGUGAGGAGAUGUUGGCCGAUGUGCUACAGUCGCAAUGGCCGGGCCCGUCUGGGUGGUUGGCCGGCAACUCGGCAACAGCCACGGAAGACUGACGAGCUUGCACUUGCUUGACGUGCAAGUCCGAUCAAGAUAGGACAGGGUGCGAUGCAAACAAGUGUUGACCUGCUUGUGGCUGGAUCCAAACAUUAACGGUGGCACU